AUGAAGUUUCCAAGUGUAAUUGUUGUGCUCAUUGGUGUUCUUGGAUACAAUAUAUUACAGGCACAACCUUUAGAAAGAGACCCGGUUAAAAGUCUCAGGUUAAUUCGAUCUCCAACUAAGCAUCAUAAACCAUUAUUAGGAGGCUUACUCUUUGGUGGUAACACUCCAAUAGGACAUGGUCCUCAAGGUGGUGUAAGUGGUCACGGUCCUCAAGGAAUAGUAAACAACAACUACGUAACAAAUAUUAAUAACUACGGGCCGGGGGGUCAUGGAGGUCAUGGACAGGAAGCAAAUUUUGCAGGUAGUGUUGCGUUCGCAGGAGGUCAUGGUGGUCAAUCACAAAGUCAAGCUGCCGCUUUUUCCAUAGGGCCUAAUGGAGCUUCUUUUUCCCAGAGUCAAGCACAAAGUAGACACGGAAAAAGUGGAUUUUUUGAUCUGCUUGACUAUUAGAUACUAUGUGAUAUUAAUUUUAAGUCGAUAUUUAAUGUAGAUAUUGUUUUUAAUAAACAUUUACGUAACAGAUAA